AAAGUCCGGGCCAUCAUCUUUCUAAUUGGUUGGUGGAAUGUGACGUCGAGAAGACACAACCAGUUUGGUUCGUGGUAAAAACAGGAACAAGUCAUCGCUGUGAAUAGAUUAUGUCCGUAGUCCAAAAAGAUUUGAAGACUUCACAGGACUGCAACCAUCCCAGAGAGGUCACAUCUGCCUCAAUGAAGAAGUACAUCUUCCUCUGCAUCCUCAGCGUUCUAACGCUGGUUCCUCUUUACGUCUGGCUGAUAGGAUACUCGUCCCCAGCAGUUUCCUUGUCCGACAACUCAGAACAACGCAACGUGACCAUCCUUCUGUGGCACUGGACCGCUGAACGUGUUAGGGCUAUCAGCCAGAACAUGUGCUGGGAACGCUUCAACAUCCCACACUGUAAAGUUAUGAUGCAGGAGGCCUUGUACAUGAAAGCAGACGUGGUAGUGUUCCAUAACCUCGAGCUGUCAACAGGACGGCUGAAACUGCCCCUGGAGCUCCCCAGGCCGCCGGGCCAGAGGUGGGCUUGGAUGUCCAUACAGUCCCCUGAUAACAACGGGAGACUGCUGGUAGAAUAUGGAGGUGUGUUCAACCUCACCGUGAACUACAGGAGAGACGCAGAUGUUAGCAUACCAUAUGGUGGGUUUGUACCACGAGAGUUUGGAGAUCCAGUGGACGACAUCCCAAUGGAGAAAACUGAUCUGGUCUGCUGGGUGGUCAGCCACUACAAGGAUUCCUUCAGAAGAAGCCAAGUGUACGAAGAACUCAACGCAGUCAUUCCUGUAAAGGUCUAUGGACGCUGGUCAAAUAAUCCUCUUGAGCCCAAAGACCUUCUUCCUACAAUAUCUCGUUGCUACUUCUAUUUGGCCUUCGAGAACAGCAUCGCCAAAGAUUAUAUCACAGAGAAACUGUGGAUCAAUUCCUACCAAAGUGGGGCGGUGCCGGUCGUCCUGGGACCACCGGUGGAGGAAUACAAGGCUGUGGCGCCGCCUUACUCUUUCAUCCACGUCGACGAGUUUGCUUCAGUGAAAGAACUUGCCGAGUAUCUGCAGGAGCUGGCGGGCGACGCCAAGCGUUACGGCGAGUAUAUGCAAUGGAAGAGAGACUGGAAGGUGCAACCGUCCAUUAACAAGGAAUGGAGAUUGUGUCAGAUCUGCUUGCGGUACCCCAGCUUCCCUCCGCACAAAGUCUACACUGACCUGGCAGCCUGGGAUAAAGCUACUUAAAAACCUCUGAAGUCCGACAUCAUCCAGCCAAGAAACAUUUGUCCCUCAUGACAAAAAAUGGUGUGUUUCCCAAAACUGCUGUAACGUGUUUCCCAAAUCUUCUUGUAAGAGAACAGACACCUGAUAAAAGACGUAUUUCGACACUAAAACUUGUUUAAAAACACAAUGGAAUUGAUACAGAGUAAAAAUGAUGUUCUGUUAGUCAGUAGACAACAACAAUAAAUAGUGGUAGGUCACAUAUGACUUAAAGACAUCUCAUUUGUUCCGAUUAUCCACAACAUCAUCGUUAUUCAUACUUUAUUUAGUGAUUUAAAAAAUAAACGUCCAAAUACAAUAGUUUAGACAACGGUAUUGACUUAUGUUUUGGUUUUUCCUCUCUGUUUGUUUUUAUUUCCUGUCAGCGCUCUUAUUUUGGUUCAGUUUCCUGCUUGUCUCCCUGAGCGCUGUUUCCCCUCAGCUGCGGCUGAUUGGCACCUGGCCACACCUGGUGUCAAUCAGCCGGCUGCUAUUUAGACCUGCUUUGCCCUCCAGUCAGUGCUGGAGUAUUGUCGUUGUAGCUGUAAACUACUACCUCUAGCUGUAAGCUGUAUGCUGUGGACUGUUUGCUGUUUCCAGUUUUCCUGUUUGCUGGUUCCUGUUCCCUGUCUCCAGUUUGCCUGUCCCUGGUUCCUGGUUUGUGUUUUGCCUUAUUUUGGACAUUAAAUCAUG